CUUAGAGUCAGAUCCCCGCUCCAAGCAUGACCGAAAAGCCUCUUAGAAAGUCCCCGUCUCAACUGUCCUCUAAAACUCAUCUCUUCUCAGCUUCGUUUUGUUCACCAUUCCCUUUUGAACUCAUACCCAGCCUUACAUCCCAAAUUAUACCGUGGCUAAUCAUACACCUUUGCCUUCCAUCUUCGACCAUAAUAUGUCUACCUCUGGGUUCUCGCCAUACAACACCUUACCACCUCAAUGGCAGACUCGUGCCGUCGCUCAGCCAGGACACCCAAGUUUGCCAUCCAUACCUAUGAUACCUCCACCAUCAGCAGUGGAAUCUUCACAAUUUCCAUUCGUAAUGCAACACCAUGCAAUUCAUGGUGAACAAAUGGGCUACCUCUCAAACCAGCUACCGAACAAUCAGCCCUAUUCAUUCCUGCUUCAUAGUCAUCCUUCAUCUCCCCUCCUGUCCUGCCGAUGGCUAAAUGACGACGUCAUUAUACACUGUGGAUUUACAGGGACACUGAGGGAGUUAAAGUUACACUGUGCCACCGUCCAUUUUACUGGACCGAAAAUCGCGCGGAUCACAUGCCACUGGGAGGGUUGUGACUACUACAAGUGCAAGGACCCCACAGUUUGCGCCAUGCGGUGCGACUUGGUGUGGCGUCAUAUUUGUGAGAUACAUUUGGGGUUGAAGAGGGGUAGUAUCUAGGCUUCUGCACUUCUUUGCAUUGAAAUUUUGGUGAUUCCUCGUGUUGGACUUCUGCUAGCUGUCCCAUGCUUUCUUAUGUUGUUAGGUCUGUUGUCGUCAAACCCGCGCCUUGUUCCUAUGGACCAUUCGCCAUGAGUUUACUUAGUCUCACGUUUCAUAGUUUCUUAUUGGACCAUUAAAAUAUUUUAUAGUCUAUGUACGUGAGCAUGUAUUCGCGGCCAAGCCCGCUAAUGCCCAUGGACCUUCU